AUGAAAAAUUCAAUUUUAAAUUGUUCUUUAGUGUUAUUUGUAUUAUGUGUAUUAGUAAGACCUGUAUGGUCUGGUUGUAUUGACUUGGAAACACAGUUACAAAUAUCCAAUAAUGAUAAUGGUUUUCAAGUAACUUAUUUUGACUCAUAUAAAAUUGUCAAAAAUAUACGAGCAAAUGAAAAUUAUGUUCUUUACUGUACUUCUCAACCACCAAAUGAUACGAGUUUACCUGAAAAUAUUAAGGGAUUCUUUCAAAUUCCAGUUAAGAAUGUUGCAAGUUUAGAUCAAACUACGAUUACAUAUUUGGAGAUACUUGGUGUUGAAUCUACAUUAAAAUAUGUUGCAGAUAGAAAUAGCAUUACUUCUCCCUGUCUCCAAAAUAGUUCAAUAAUACAAACUUUCAAUGAAUCAUCAGGUCUCGAGAAUGUUGAUAUUGUAUUUACCACUUCCACCUCAUUGAAGGGUAGCAAAUAUGUGACUAUUUCGUUGAGUGAUGAUUUGUCACCUUUAUCGAAUGCAGAAUGGAUUAAAUUCAUAUCAGUCUUUUUUAAUUCUGAGAAGAAAGCGAAUAAUGCAUAUUCACAUAUUGAAUCAGUUUAUAAUUGUAAUACUAAUAAUUUAAACAAUAUUCCGCAAGAUAGCAAAAUGUCAAUCGCUUGGGUUUCUUAUAAUUUCAGUAAUUCAUCAUUUACUAUUAGUGGAAAAACAAUUAUAGUUUCCGACCUAAAAGAUUUACACAAUAUUAUCGAUAAGGUGGAUUUCAUAAUUGAUCAAACGGAAUUUUCAUCGAGUAAUAAUACAUUUGAUAAUUGGCAACAUAUAUUUGGUUAUCAUGAUAUUACUUCCAAUAUUCCCAUUUUUAUUACUUAUCGUCGAGUAUUUCGUCCGCAAAAAAUUUUAAAUGAAUUUGGAUUUGAUGAUUGGACUGAAAAAUUUUUGGCACGUCCGGAUUUCGCAUUACUUGAUUUAAUUUCCAUACAAUAUCCUCAAUAUCAAUCUUCGUAUUCCAAAAUUUGGUUAAAUAAUUUCUCGAACGAAGAUGAACCAAUUAUUCUCACGGAUGCCGAUUGUGCAGAUUAUAAUAAUAGUACAACAACUUCAUUUGUUGAAUCAGGAUUAGCAGGAUUUGGUUCAGGUAUUUGGUUAUUAUUAUGGGCUAGAAGAAAAUAUGAAGAAAGAUUUGUAGAAUUAAAAGAUGAACCAGAAGUUCAAAUGGACAAAUGA